CUAAUAUACACGUCUUCUCCAUAUUGCAUUGAUCCCCCCGCCGCCAUGAACCCUCAUGAAUUGAUUAAAGAAUACCGUGUUGCAGGACACCCCAUCAAGAGAAAAUGGAGAAAUCAUUCAGGCCCGAAGUGUUACGGUAGAAGGUUUUGGUUCGUCCUCCUUUCCUGCCUUCUUCUGUUCAUUUUCCAUUACCUAUUCUUAGUUUCGAACAAUAAAGGCUUCAGUUUUUCAUCAAUCAGCGAUAGUACUACCAAUGAUCCAAAUAGAAAGAAGAAUCAAAACUAUUGUUCACCGUUCAAACCUUCUGAAAUCGAUUCGUGCUCGGGCAGAUACAUCUAUAUUCAUGAUCUUCCUAGUAAAUUCAAUGAAAAUGUGCUCAAGAACUGUGAAUUAGCAACGCGGGCCACUGAUAGAAUUAGUAUGUGUAGUUAUGUAGCGAACUUGGGGUUGGGUCCUCGGAUUCAAAACUCAGGUGGGGUUUUGUCGGCGAACAGUUGGUACUCCACAAAUCAGUUCUUCUUGGAGGUUAUUUUCCAUAACAGGAUGAAGAAAUAUGAGUGUUUGACCAAUGAUUCCUCUCUUGCUUCUGCGAUUUAUGUGCCAUUUUAUGCUGGUCUGGACCUCCGGCGCUACCUCUGGGGAUUCAGGACUUCCAUGAGAGAUGCAUCCGGUGUUGAUCUGGUCAAAUGGCUGUUGGAAAAACCUGAGUGGAAGAAAAUGUGGGGAAGGGAUCAUUUCUUGGUUUCAGGGAGGAUUUCUAAUGAUUUCAGGAGACAAUCGGACAGAAACUCUAAUUGGGGCAGCAAGUUUAGGUUUUUACCGGAAUCCAAGAACAUGUCGAUGUUGACUAUUGAAUCUGGCUCCUGGAACAACGACUUUGCCAUACCGUACCCGACAUACUUCCACCCCUCCACAGACGGUGAAGUUUUGCAAUGGCAGGACAGGAUGAGGAAACAGAGACGGCCGUACCUCUUCUCCUUCGCCGGUGCUGCGAGACUCAGGCAGAAAGGGUCAGUUCGGAAUGAGAUUAUCAGACAAUGCACAGCUUCAAAGACCACCUGCAAGCUGCUGGACUGCAAUACCGUGGCACGUGAAUGCGACGACCCUGUCAACCUGAUGAAGCUGUUUCAGAGCUCUGUCUUCUGCUUGCAGCCACCAGGGGACUCAUUUACCAGAAGAUCAACGUUCGAUUCGAUUCUGGCCGGAUGUAUCCCGGUGUUUUUCCAUCCCAAGAGUGCUUAUUCGCAAUAUGUAUGGCAUUUACCCAAGAAUCAUAGUAAGUAUUCGGUGUUUGUAUCACCGAGGGAAUUGAGACAGGGGAAGGUUCUAAUAAACGAGACAUUGCUCCAAGUUUCCAAAGAUGAAGAAUUAGCUAUGAGGGAAGAAGUAAUAAGAUUGAUUCCAAGCAUAAUUUAUGCAGAUCCAAGGUCUAGAUUAGAGACCAGUCAGGAUGCAUUUGAUUUAUCAGUAAAGGGAAUUCUUGAGAAAAUAGAGAAAGCUAAGAGGGAAAUUAGCUAGCUAGGAGAAAUUAAUAGGACCAAAUUACAAUGAUUUUCAGGAAUCUGGAUUUUUAGAGACAACAUUUUUUCCUUUGUAAAUUUGCAUACCAAAAUGAAUACAGAUAGGCAAUAAUUGCCUUUUUUAUGG